AUGUCGAAGCUAGAUCGUCAUACAGUUUUGAUUGACGAUGAAGUUGCAGCAAUUUUGAGACCACUCAAGUCUCGUCAGACUACUGAGAAAAAGCCUUCGCAGAAAACACCACAUCAGAAGGAGGAGGGCAAUCGCCGAAACCCCCCAGCUGAUGGUUCUCGUAUUCCAAUCCGGCGGGUUGACGGGGACAAUCUUUCACCGAUUCUGGUUCCAGUGUUGGCCGGGUCCCCAUGGAAACAUUAUACGAAAGAAUAUUUGGUAAAGCAUUGGUGCUUAUUUGCGAUAGUAACGAGCAAGUGCAGCAGUGAAAAGCUUCAUAUGAUUCGUUCUGCACCGGCUUUGAAUGACGAAAACCUCCAGAUCAUCCGCCAACUUCGCCACCGUAACGUCCUUGAGAGCAUUGAGAUUUACUCAGAAGAAGAUCGCAAUCACUACAUUGUCUCCGGCAUGAUGGAAACGUCUUUGCUGCAUGUGUGUCGAGCCCCAGAGUAUCCAUCAGAGGUUCAGCUCAGCUCUAUAUUAUUUCAGUGA